GAGCCACAACCAUCACAAUAUUCAGAUAAUUGACACUUGUUAAUGGGCGACAGACGAGUGCAGAUGUUCCCCCCCACCCUAGAGUUCUUUGGGCUUCGAUCUAUGUACAAAUGUUUCUAUAAAGCAGAUCUUGUAUUGCAGAAGAUGUAAGAUAAAACCAAAGUGAAUAUAGCUCAACCAAAGAAGAUAGUCCCCCAAGAGUGGAUUAGCAAGAGAUCCCAUCCAAUUCGAAAUCCUUUCCCCGAACAGAAUCCCAAAUUAAAGCCAAAUGACUGCCAAUAGUCUGCUAGGACGAUCCAUACUAAAUGAAGGACUUUCAAAUAAACGAUCUUUUGUCUCGCUGAUUGUGGGCCUCAUCGUGGGCUUCUGCCUGGCCGAGCUCUUUGUGUACUCCACGCCGGAACGUGGCGGACUUAUGCCCUACGAUGGCCACCGGCAUAGCGAUGUCAAUGAUGCCCAUGAGCAGGAUGUGGGAACCCAUGAGCAUGCUCAUGAGAAUGCCACCAUUGCGGAGAAGCUGUACAGCGAGGUGCGGGUGCUGUGCUGGAUCAUGACCAAUCCGGAUAACCACCAGAAGAAGGCGCGUCACGUAAAGCGCACGUGGGGGAAACGCUGCAACAAGCUGAUCUUCAUGAGCUCCGCCAAGGAUGAGGAGCUGGAUGCUGUGGCUCUGCCCAUAGGCGAGGGACGGAACAAUCUGUGGGGCAAGACAAAGGAGGCAUACAAGUACAUCUAUGAGCACCACAUAAAUGACGCCGAUUGGUUCCUAAAGGCCGACGACGACACCUACACGAUAGUGGAGAAUAUGCGCUAUAUGCUGUAUCCGUACAACCCCGAGACCCCUGUCUAUUUUGGUUGCAAGUUCAAGCCGUACGUAAAGCAGGGGUACAUGUCCGGUGGCGCUGGCUACGUCCUCAGUCGCGAGGCUGUGCGUCGCUUCGUUGAGGAGGCCCUGCCCGAUCCGAAAUUGUGCAAGCAGGAGAACACCGGUGCUGAGGAUGUUGAGAUGGGCAUGUGCCUGGAGAAUGUCAAGGUGCUGGCAGGAGACUCCCGCGAUACCAAUGGACGGGGACGGUUCUUUCCUUUCAUGCCAGAGGACCAUUUGAUACCAGACCACACGGAUAAGAAGUUCUGGUACUGGCAGUAUAUCUUCUACAAGACCGAUGAGGGCUUGGAUUGCUGUUCGGACAAUGCCAUAUCCUUUCACUAUGUCUCGCCAAAUGAAAUGUAUGUCCUGGACUAUCUGAUUUACCAUUUGCGACCCUAUGGCAUCAUGAAUGCCCCCGAUGCCCUGCCCACAAAGUUGGGCGUAGGAGAACAAAUGCCAGCUCCGAAAGAGCCGAUUACUAAAGCGUCCAGCGAAAAGGUGUCCAAACUAUCCGCAAAAAACUGAGACCAAGACGCAGUAAAUGAGUGGAGAGGAUGGCCAGUGGCUGCCACAGAUUUUCGUCCUUUGUGGGGGCGAAGCUAAAUUUUGAAAUACACUUGUAGCAGUGUGAUAUCA